AUGGGCAACACCGAUAGCCUCCCUGUUCUUCCAGGCAUUCGCUCGUAUCAAGAGCUCAGUCCAUGGCGUAUUAACCAGAACGACAAGACGCUCAUUUAUGUCUUUGGGGAAGCCGCACGAGAGCUCACAAGCAAGUGGCACACGAGCCAUCAAUUGGACCAACAACAACAUGAUGACAAGGGUCAACAAAAAAAAUCCAACAUGGCCAUCGAAGUCCUCUUCGCCACUGAUUCUGCUCGAGCGAAUGCGAUCCGCAACCCGAUCUUUUGUGAUAUGGACAAUAAGCUCGGAGAGAUAUAUCCAGUAACAACUUGUAAAGCAACGAGUGUUUUCAAUUUGCUGACACUGACGAACAUGAAGCUGAUGACAUCAGUACAAGAGUAUGAUGCGGAAUUCCGCUCGACAGCGAAGAGGAUUCUCAAAUGGUAUGGUGUUUGUCCGGACAAUUGCAUCAUUGAUGUUUGGCUGCAUAAAACGAAUCAGAAUAUUUACGACGGCAGUGGUACUGUCAUUGCCAAAGGUCCUAUCCCUGGACAACAAACAUGGAUGUCAACAACACCAGCUGACGACAUUUUUCCAAAUCAAGUCCAGUUCCCAAACGCUACAUCACCGGAUUAUCCGCCUUACUACCGAUUGCCGCAAACAUCAACCUGCAACACCUGCAACAUGUGUAUUUACGACAUGCGGCUACAGCAACAGCAGCUGGGACUAGCAACAACAGCAACAACAACCAUCACCAUUUUUGAAAAUACAAUGACGAUACAGGCUGAACUGCGAACAAUGUGUCUCACCGGAUGA